GAGGCCAAGAAGAAGAACAAUGCCAAAAAAAUAUAAAAUUAAGGAUGUUGAUCGAUCUGAGCUUCACAUUAUUCAGUAUCUCAGUGAUCCUGAUUAUAAAUCAAGAAUGUUGACAUGUAACCAUCCGAUUCCUCCGGAUCGGUACAACGAUAGGGUGGAGGAUCAUUUGCGAAUGACCGGGUUCUAUCAUGUGUCUCAGAUUGGGAUAGUGCAGUGUCAGAAAGCAUUGGUAAACGCUCUAAUCGAACGUUGGCACCCUGACACCCAUACUUUUCACCUUCCCAUUGGUGAAUGUGCUGUGACAAUGGAGGAUGUAGCUUUAAUUCUUGGUCUUCCCACAGAUGGUCUUCCAGUAACAGGGAUGACAAUUAGUAGUUUUGAUGCCUUGGAGGCCGAGUGUUUGCUUCAGUUUGGGGUUGCACCGCGAAAGGAUGAGUGUAGAUCUAGCUGCAUAAAACUGACGUGGCUGAGGAAUCUAAAAGAGAAUUUAGAAUUGACUGAUGAAAUAAAUAUACAGAGGUAUGUUAGGUGCCACAUUAUGUUGCUGAUCGGAACGAUCCUGUUUGGGGAUAAGUCAGGGGCAGGUGUUCAUUGGAAAUUUCUACCCUUGCUACGUGACUUUGUCAAUAUUGGGAAGUAUAGUUGGGGGUCGGCAUGCCUAGCGCACCUUUACAGGGCGUUAUGCAGGGCAUCUCGUUAUAACUGUAAGGAAAUAGAUGGUCCACUAACACUUCUGCUCGUAUGGGCUUGGUUCCGACUGCCAUAUCUAUCUCCGGUUCCUAGAGAACCCCGCAGUUUUCCACUAGCAAACAGGUAAUAUUAUGUUACAAUGUACUCAUUUCUUGAUAUUUAAGCUUCAGUUGAGCUAAUUGAGAACAUCAUAUUAGGUGGCGUAACUGGGAGCGUGGCGACCGAAGAUUUAGAUAUUUGAAGCUAGAUCACUUUAGGAAGGCAUUUGAUGAACUUCAGGAAGGGCAGGUGUGUUUUAGUUUAACAAGUUUUUUACAAAAGCAUGAUGCAAUUUUAUUUUUUAUAUGAAUUGUUGGCUGUAAUGAUGAGUAUCCCUUAUUUUUCCAGUUUGUCUGG